UGGCGCUUCUGUCGAAAUAUAAUAAUGUAAAUAAUGGCGUGGAGAGUGUGUGUGAAGUGAACGCUUCUGCUUGAUUGAUUAAAAUUAACCUGCAACACGAAUUACAGAGUGAACACGAUAAUGGCGUCACCCUGCAUGAUAUUGCGACGUGGAAUCGCGACUUCCUGCGUUUGCAACGGGAAGCGAAAUUUUCGGAAAUUCUUGCUGUACGGCAAACGUGGCAGUCGCAACUUCAAACAGCAACAAAUGAAGAAUCCGGAUCCUGACAUACCAAUAGAUAGAAGAGGUACGAGGGGUACUGGCUACCAACUUGGCGACAAAUGGAUUCACGUGCCAGAAAUGGUUCCUGAAUUAAUCGUUCCUUCAUUGGAAGGUUUCACCCUGAAACCAUACGUGUCGUAUAAAGCGGAAGGGAUCACAGAGCCCGAGUUCACUGCUCAAGAUUUGUUUGACGUAGUGUAUUCCGAAAAGAUAAAAGAGGACCUUGCAAACGGCCAGUUGGACGAGAACGGGGAGCCGUUGAACCCCAGUGAACACGAAAAGCUCACGCCGCAGCAAGCCAAGGAUCAAGCUGGGAGAACGGGCUGUGAUCUUUUCGAGGAGAGAAAGCCGUUGAAAGAAAGGUCACCUCGCUGCCCACGAAGUCCAUCUUUUUCAUCCGAUUUCAUCUUAGGUAAACGUAAUUAUAUGUCUGACGCACGAAAACCUCGGACCACGCGAAAAGUGCGUGCUUAUCGUAGAAAUAUUUGCGAGGGAAAAAAAGGGUCCGCGAAGUUCUUUUUUUAUCGCUUUUUACGCUUCUCGGAAUUGCUACCACACGCGCGCCUUCUCUUGACGAAUUAUUACACAUUAGUUAACUGAUAAAGGGUAUAUAUU